CUCACCGAGACUGCACAGAGUCAGACGCCACCUUCGCUUUUACAGAAAAUAGAUUUCAACUUGCCUAAUUUCGCCUGGGCAUAUAAACACACCUCGUCCGCACAUGCGUACUGAUCCCGGCCACCAUUUAAAGCAGAGCGUGGCUUCACGAUCAAGCUGAUUUCGCCAUAUCGCGAUAGAAACAACAUCUAAACGGGCAGCAUACUAGACAAUACACAUCCGAUAGAUCUAACCACGAUGUCUGCAUCCGCGCCACGUGGUCCUCCCGACGCCUCGGCGAUGAAGACACGCAUCAUCAGCCACAUGAACGCGGACCAUCAGCUCUCCCUUCGCCUCUACCUCCAACACUACUCCCACGUCCCUGUGUCGGGUACUGUCUCGGCUCAAAUGCUAGACGUGACAACAGAACACAUGGUCAUUUCAUCUGGAUAUGGACGGCAUGUUAUCCAAUUCGAACCGCCCAUGAAAAGCCUCAUGGAAGCUCGGGAGAGACUUGUCACUAUGCAUGAACUCUGCCUGAAGCAACUAGAUCUGUCUGAUAUUGUGGUGGAUAUGUACGUUCCACCGGAUCGGGCGUGGCAAUGGGCGUUGUCCGGACUUUGUGUGUUGAUUUUCACAACCUUUCCUUUUCGUGAGUCCUUGAGACUGGAGUCAGGGUCGUGGAUCUCCAAGAUAUGGAGUCUUGGUGGCGUCGCGCCUUGGUUGGCCAAGCUCAGUUAUACGCUAGCUCCAGCGGUGCUAGGUUUCAUGGUAGUUGUCCAUGGUUUUGAGGCGAUGUGGUUAAUUCAAAAGAGGUUGAGACGUCAUUGGGUUGAAUGGGGAUCGGUCGCCUGGUGGUGCUGGGUGGUCGACUGUCUUAUUGAGGGAGUUGGAUGCCUUUCGAGAUUUGACAGGCUGGUGAAGAAGACGGAGGCUGAGAAGAAAGGGGGAGGGAAACAUUGAGAAGGAUACUAGAGACAGGAAAGGACCUGAUAAAGGGAGAGGAGUGCGACGGUGAGCGGGCGUAGGGGUCAAGGGUCCGGUUGUUGGUGGUUGCGUAUGCCUAGGUACUCAGUUGAUACAAGCCUUGCGCCGUCACAUACUCGGUCUUUUAGGCUGUCCUCGUGGUCAUGACACCUGGAAGGCUUCUAGUCCUGCC